AUGACCAUCACCCAGGCUACUUCGAAACCCACCUUCCCCGAAAAUGCGGGCACAAGGGAAUAUGCCGCCUCUCUCGAUGCAGCAGACCCUCUGGCCAAUUUCAGAGACAAAUUUAUUAUCCCUUCAAAGGCAAACAUAAACCAUAAGAAGCUCGCAAAGCCGGGCCUCUCAGCUGAACCCUGCAUCUAUUUCUGCGGCAAUUCUUUGGGCGUCCAGCCAAAAGCCACGGCACGAUUUCUAGAAGCACAGCUAGACACAUGGUCGUCUAUUGGAGUCUCAGGUCACUUCGUGGACCUCGAGGACUCUCCACUAAGACAAUGGCAGCUCCUAUCAGAGCAAGCGGCUGGAUCGAUGUGCAAGAUCGUUGGAGCAAACCCCGAAGAAGUCGCAGCGAUGGGAACACUGACGACGAACUUGCAUCUACUUCUCGCAAGUUUCUACAAGCCCACCGCCACCAAGCACAAGAUUCUGAUGGACUGGAAAGCGUUUCCUAGUGACCAUUACGCCAUCGAAUCUCAUAUCUCCUGGCAUGAUCUAGAUCCGAGCAAGUCCAUGGUCCUCAUUGGGCCAGAUGAGGGCGAAUACGAAAUUUCCACGGACAAGAUUUUAUCGUACAUUGACCAACAUGCCGACGAUGCCGCUCUUCUCCUCCUUCCGGGCAUCCAGUACUACACCGGACAGCUGUUUGACAUCCCGAGGAUCACGAAAUAUGCGCAGUCUCGUAAUCUCGUGGUCGGCUGGGACUUGGCCCAUGCAUUUGCGAAUGUCGAGCUGAAGCUGCACGACUGGAAAGUGGACUUCGCGGCCUGGUGCACAUACAAAUACGGAAAUUCUGGUCCCGGCACGAUGGGCGGCCUUUUCGUACACGAGAAACACGGUCAGGUUGAUUAUAGCGAGGGUGAAGAUGCACCUAAGUUCCGCCAUCGUCUGACGGGAUGGUACGGGGGUGACCGAUCUGUGAGGUUCAAGAUGGACAACAAGUUUAAGCCGAUCCCCGGUGCCGGCGGAUUCCAAAUAUCGAACCCCUCCGCCAUCGAUCUCACGGCCCUCUGUGCUGCGUUGAGCGUAUUUGAUGAGACGUCCAUGGCCGAGCUCCGCAAGAAAUCGCUACUGCUGACGGCAUAUCUCGAGCAUCUGUUGUUGGAGGGAACCUCGGAUGAAACCCGCCCGUUCCGCAUCAUCACUCCAUCGAAUCACGAGGCCAGAGGGGCCCAGCUGAGUCUGUUGCUCAAGCCCGGGUUGUUGCAGAACGUCUCGAAGAAGUUGCAAGAAGCAGGUGUGGUUUGUGACAAGCGAGAGCCAGGUGUUGUUCGUGUUGCUCCUGUACCGCUCUAUAACACUUUCUCGGAGGUGUGGACCUUUGUGCAACAGUUCAAGAGUGCACUGGAGUGA